CGGUUGAGGAAGCCACCUCUUCGAUCCAUCUGGAACUAACCUCAUCACCUUGAAAGCUCCAUCUCAUCUUCUCAAGAUUGAAGCUCAAAAAGUCUUUUCCCAGAUCGAUUCAAACGUCAACAACAACAACAACAACCAGUAGUCUCGAUAUUGAUUUCUUCCUUUGCCUCCACGCUAGCUUUCAUUCAUUCUGGUGAUCCCCACCAACACCAUGGAUUGAAUAACCAAACCCUGACCAAUAUCCCAUGCUAUUUUUAGUGUUUCUUUGAGACGCUAGCCGGGGCUGGCUUGCCGAAGUUGGAGGAGUACUGUUGUACGUGAAGUUUCGUUCAUGGCGAGCCAAAGUGUCAUGUUUUCGGUUCAGACGCCGUUGGAGAUUAAAAAUAAGAAACCUGGUGGGCAGCAAGAGAGAAAACAACUUGAAAGAGAGGUCUCUAUGCUUCAAAAAAUGCUGAAUCAAGAAGAAAAGAUGCACGAGAUUUUGGAUCAUGCGCAUAAUCAACAUAAUGGUUCUGCUAUCAGCAUCCCUAACUUCCUGCCUCCAAAGAUGAAAGAGCUCUUAGCAGAGUUAGCAAUGGUUGAGGAUGAGAUAGCUCGACUAGAAGGCCAGAUAAGCCAACUUCAAAGCAGUUUGGAACAUGAACAAGAGAUCAUCAAAGAUUCGCAAUCUAAAGUACAAUGGCAACGUGGAAGUCUGAGCCAUCCUCGUCAUCAUCCCUCACUCACAACAAAGCCAAACUCCAUAUACAAAGGUGGCAAUGAAAUCAUGGCCUAUGAAACAAAAGCACUGCAUUUCAUAAGUAAAGCUAUAAAAGGCGAUUACGGUCUUAAUGAUUUCACUGUAUCUGAGAAAUUGGGAAACAGAUUCGAUGAUCAGAAAGAAAAUCCUUACCAAGAAGCUGCUAAAUUUCAGGACAAGGUGGUUCCAAGAAAAAGUGGGAUGCUGAAACCAUCCUCACCUUUGCGAGAUCCUCGACAUCCAUCACCCAAGCCAAGAGAACGUAAUUCACCAAUAUUUUCAGACAUCCAUCCAAAAUCUCUACCGACUGAAAUUCAACUAGAAGAGGAAAACCAGCAACCCAACUUGCAACCCAACUUGCUAUCUGAGAGCAUCAUGAAAUGUUUGAACCUCAUAUAUACGAGACUCCUAAGAAUAUCAAGAGCAAUUGAACUGGAGAAGUCAGGCCCCAUUUCAAGGUCUAUGAACACUUCUUUUAGUUCAAGAAGCUUUAGGGCCGAUACUGGCUUAAAGUCUAGUCUUCUGUUACAAAAGGAAUCAAGGCAACAAGACCCCUAUGGUAUCUUCGACAUGGAAGAGUCUAUCCCCAGGGACAUUGGUCCUUACAAAAACUUGGUUAUUUUCACGUCAAACUCUCUCGACCCCAAAUCGAUAUCAAGCUCCAGUUCUAUUCCUUUACUAAGAAAGUUGAGCAUUUUGUUGAACAGUCUUCAGACAGUGGACUUGAGAAUCUUGACAAACCAACAGAAAUUAGCAUUUUGGAUCAACAUGUACAAUGCUUGUAUCAUGCAUGGAUUUAUUCAAUAUGGGGCGCCUUCUACUCCACAAAAAUUGCUUGCAAUAAUGAACAAGGCAACCCUUAACAUAGGAGGCAACAUAAUAAAUGCUCAUGCAAUAGAGCAUUUUAUUUUGAGAAAGCCAGCAUCUUCAAGCAUGAAAGAGGUUUAUCGCAAAGGUGAAAAGGAUGAUGAUAAGGAAGGCAUUGUUCGCGAACUUUUUGGAAUUGAAUCAAUGGAUCCAAAUGUCAUAUUUGCUCUGUGCUGUGGAACUCGUUCAUCUCCUGCUGUAAGAAUAUACACAGCUGAAGGGGUUGUAUCUGAGUUGGAAAAAUCCAAGUUAGACUAUUUGCAGGCUUCCAUAGUAGUGACUAGCACGAAAAGAAUAGCAUUUCCUGAACUCCUGCUUCAAAAUAUGCUUGAUUUUGCUGUAGACACAGACUCAUUUGUGGAGUGGGUUUGCCAACAGUUGCCAACUUCAGGUUCAUUGAGGAAAUCAAUGGUGGAUUGCUUCAGAGGCCACAGCUGUGGUAGGAUUUCUAGCAUUGUUGAGAAAAUACCAUGUGACCUUGAAUUCCAGUAUUUGUUGGCAAUAUAAUUAGCUCCAGAGAUAAUUUUUCCAAAACUUGGUACGUCCUCUGCAACAAAAUAUACAGAAUGUACAGAUCAUGAAGUAUUUGAGUACUUGGUCACAACAAGUUUCCUUUC